AUGGACAUUACGUCCGAAAUUUCGUAUGGAAUAGAAAUCGAAAGGAGAGACUCGAUCCAAAGGAUCAUCACUCAAUCUUCUGUUGCUCUUGAUUUUAUAGGCUUCUUUGAUUGUUGUGAAUCGGGAUCUUUGUUAGAUUUUAAAACACUUAA